AUGGUACGGCUUACACAGUGCAGCUGUACAGCUGCAGAGGGUCAGCACUGGGAAAUGAAGAGCAGGCAUGUAGUUUAAUCAUUAGAGGGAGGGGGGAUGUGCUAAAAUGUAGCAGACACAAUUCUGAUGAAAUUGGACAGGUGCCUGAUGUUGAAAUGGCAAAACUCUUCUGAAAACAUCAUCUUUCUGGCUGUAGAGGUUGAGCAGGCUUCAGCUAGGAAAUUUGCUGCUGAACAGAGGUAAUGUUUGAACUGCGGGGGAUGUGUUAUGUAUUUAGGAGCACAACUGCAUGGCACUUUUUUAAGCCACAUGCACCUUGAGCAUGGUGUGGCAACGAGAAGUCACAGCAAGGCCAGAAUAGGCUUGCAUGACAAGUCUCCUUUAAGAAACUCUGUCUUCCUGGCACUGAUAUGCCAAAUUGUGAGAAAAGCUAUGCAAAUACAGCCUUAGGCAUAGUUCAGACAUAACAUUCCCAGUCCAGUAAACCAUGGUUUGUCACCUUGAAUAUGAUAUAUGUGCCUGUAUGCUCCUUUCUCCCUUCCCUUUUCUCUUCCCCUCUUAAGCUCAGUUUAAGGUAUUUUAGUUUCUUAAAGUAGUUUUCCAUGGCAUCCAAAUAGGAAACCAUUGUUUAAGUCAGAGAACUAGAUCUGGACAGAAUUAACUAGAACUUACAGACUUUGGCUAGGGCAGAAAAGAUUACAUGUAAAUUGAGUGUGUCCAGGAGACUAGAGGAUCCAGAAUGCUUUUCUGUAAUCUGGUGAGAUUUUAUUUCCUAUGCUUUGGACUUAGAUGCUCAACAUUCACAAUCCAUGCUAGCACAGGAAAUAUGGAUGUCUUGGUUUAUAUUGGUGUGCCACCACUUAUUUCACUUAUUUAUUGUUUAUUUGCUUUGUAUACAGUAUGAUGUAAUUAUUGCAGAUAUUAAUAUUGUGUAGUUUGAAGCGACUGGAUGCAUAAAAACGGGGUCCUUUUGGAAUGAAGCAUUGUCCAGACCCAUUAGAAUGUUCAAAACUUUAGUUGCGGAACAUUCUCCUAAACAGAACAAAACGCAGUAAAUGAUGCAUCCAAAUAAUUCCAAGUCCUGCAUCGGUUCAUCUUCUUAGAAAUAAACUUAUAAUCAGAGCUGAUAAACCUAGCUCUCUCUUUCACAGGCUCCAUUAGCCUGCAUUCCAGCCCGUUAAGGUAUGCAGGUCCUGGAGAGGCAUCUUAUUCUCAUAGAGCCUGAGAAAAGAGACUAAAGGCAACUCCCUUUCAAAAUGGAGAUUUGCAACCAAAUACCUGAUCUAAGGUUAAACACGCAUGUGUUAGCUGAUAGAGAAUAACAACAGUUAAUGAAAAACCAGUUAAAGCACAGAAACCACUUCUUUAGCUUUAGUGGAAUUUUCCAGUUAAAGCCUUUCAGCAACAGCCAUUCCUCAUUUCAGUGUCAAUUAAACAAAUAUACUUAACCGUAAUACCCUCCAACUGCACUUUUGAGUUGUUUGUCAUGGUAAUAUUUUAUUUUUAUAAAAAAUUAGCUCUGACCAACUGUACUAUGGAGUUCUCGAUCAGGAAUGCCAUAGUAUGGCCAAUGCUUGCAGGACUUUUAAAGAAAUAACUAGGAAUGCACUUUAAGGACUUUGAUUGUUCCUUUCCAUAUCUGCCUCACACCUGAUGUCACAUGUAGAAUGUAUUACCCCCUUUUUUCCUUUGCUUUGAUAUUUCUUACCUGUUUUCUGCAAUGAUUUUGUUUUAUUCUGUAUUUAAUAAAAAAGAAAGUAAAUAAAAAGAUGACAUUUUGUCUCCCUGCUGAAAAACUACAGUGGUACCCCGCAAGACGAACGCCUCGCAAGACGGAAAACCCGCUAGACGAAAGGGUUUUCCGUUUUGGAGGCGCUUCGCAAAACGAAUUUCCCUAUGGGCUUGCUUCGCAAGACGACAGCCCAUAGGGAAAUCUCAGGGACAGCGGGAAGCGCAGCGCGUCUUCCCCACUGUCCUCGGACCUCCUCCGAAGCCUGGCGGCGGGCGGGGACACCUCCUCCCGCCGCCGCCGGGCUCGGAAGGCUCCUCCGAAGCCGGGCGGGGGAGGGAACACCUGCCGCCGCCGCCCGGCCGGAACGGUGCUCCGAGCCGGGCGGGGGAGGGAACACCUGCCGCCGCCGCCCGGCUCGGAACGGUGCUCCGAGCCGGGCGGGGGGAGGAAGACCUCCCCGCCGCCCGGCUCGGAACGGUGCUCCGAGCCGGGCGGUGGGGAGGGAAGACCUCCCCGCCGCCCGGCUCGGAACGGUGCUCCGAGCCGGGCGGGGAGGGAAGACCUCCGCCGCCGCCCGGCUCGGAACGGUGCUCCGAGCCGGGCGGGGGGAGGAAGACCUUCUGAAGGCGGGCGGGGGCGAAGUCUUUGCUCCCCCUGCCUGCCUGUCCCGGAGGGCUUUUGAAGGCGGGGAGCAAAGACUUUCGCCCCGCCCGCCUUCAGAAGAGGUCCAGGACCUCUUCUGAAGGCUGGCGGGGGCAAAGUCUUUGUCCCCCUGCCUGCCUUCCCAGGGGCUUUAAAUUGCCCCGGACAGCGGAGAAGUCCUCCGCUGUCCCGGGUGUUUUAAAAUGCUGGGGGUGGGAAGAAAGCCCUUGCCCCCCAGCCUUCAGAAGAGGUCCGGGGACAGACUGUCCCCGGACCUGAGUCUGAAGGCGGUUUCCUAGGAACGCAUUAAUUGAUUUUCAAUGCAUUCCUAUGGGAAACCGUGCAUCGCAAGACGAAAAACUCGCAAGACGAAGAGACUUGCGGAACGAAUUAAUUUCGUCUUGCGAGGCACCACUGUAUGUGCUUCAGUUUUGAAAAAAUGUCACAUUGUGGUUAGUUGAAACAAAAAGCAAAUGCUUCCAAUUUCCUUCUCAUGGCUGCAGUGAGGAUGACAGGGAAGGAAGGAGUGCACAUGCCCAAGGCUCCUUCAUAUACUGAAAAUAUAUGAACACAGUCGAAGAAAUUAAAAAGACCCCUAUUUUGUAUUGCACAUAUUCUCUCCUCCUCUUGCACUCCUCCCCUUGUGAAAAGUACAUUUUACAUUGAGGAACAAAGAUAAUUUAGGGAAAGAGAUAAACAGGAAAUGGAUUUAGCAGAGAAAGCACUAAAAGUGUGUUUCUUUUUAUUAUCCCAUUGUGAUGAAAUAAUGCAGCUGUGUCCUGUCUUACCUGUAUGGGCUUUUUUCAAGCAAGCUGUUAAACGUGCCUACAAACUGAUAAAUGAUCAGUACUGUUAAAGUAUAUAGUGAAUGAACUCACAGUGAUCCGGCAUUGUCAGGCUUUGCUUCCAAAUACACUGUUCAAGAGCUAUGUGCCCCCUAGUGACCUUAUGGGAAACAACAAAAUAUGAUUGUGCGUAUGUACAUAGCAUGGGAAUCAGAAGGUAGAUAAUGUUUCUUCCAGAAACAACUUCCACAAAGAAAAUUUCCCUAAAUAUUGCCAUCUAGAAUGAAACUGAUAAUUUGAAUCCCCCGAAAAAAGAAUUCCUAGUCUAAACAGAAAGAUGGAACAGAAAGCAACAGUGAUCAUCAUUUAAUAUGUACACUUGCAUGAUAACUCAUAGCUGUUGUAUAGGACAGAAAUGAGCAGAGAACAUGCAAGAGUAUAGAUUAUUCAAAUGUUAUUUCUUCUACUACAGAGAUAGCUACUUUGGCAGAAGCCUAAGUACCUGAUCCUUUGCAACGGAGCAACUGCAGACAUGUAGGAUUGAAAGAUGCCAACCAGGUGCCCUCCUUUGGACUACAACUUCCAUCAGCCCCAUCCACCUCUGUUGGCUAGGGGUGGGUGGUUGUAGUUGUAGCAUCUAACGUCUGGAGGGCACCAGGGUGGGGGGGAAGAGGUUCACAGAGAUGCUAAUUUGCAGAAGAGAACACCUUGAUUCAUCAAAAAGAACUUGUGUCACUAUUGUCAGCUGUUCGGGCUGAGGUGGCCAGAUGGUGAAGGGCAGCAGAAGCCCCCCCCCCCAAAGAAGAGUGAUGGGCCGAAAAGUGGGAAGUGUCAGGAGCUUAGCCUACACCGGAGUAGGACCCUGGUAGAGACACAUGCCCGACUGGCAUGUUCUCUCCCUCCUGGUCGAUUGUUCGGGAGCUUCAAAAGCUUUCUUCAGCCUGAAAAUCACAGCAACCGAUGCCACCCGACACCGGCACACUUAGGGAUCCGCAGAGUUUGUGCAGUUGCGUAACAGACCUCAGCAACUCAGCAUUUUUCCUAAUCUACUUUAUUUACAUAUAAACACACACGGAGCACGGCAGCAUGGCUCCCUCUCUCUCUAGCAUCAAACAGCAAAGAGAAAAAGAACAAAGGACAAUAAUCCCACUUCACGGAACACAGUAACACAAACAUCCUGUCCCCAUCACAUCCCGCUCUGUGGAGUCAAAACAUAUAUCGUCAUGUGAAAGACAACAAUCCCAUGACUGCAUUCAUGGAGCAGGAAUUCUAACAGGAAGUAGCUCUCUGAGAACACUUGACUCAUCACAGUGUAAUAAGAGGUGUGGCUAAAUAUGGUAGCUUUGACACUGUAUUGUUGCCACUCUCCAGCUACGUAUAUACAGAAAUAACACCCCCAUCAGCUCCCAGUGACCACACCAUGCUAUGGAGGGGAUAUCUCUCAACAAGUUAAUUGUCGUAUGGAUAUAUAAAUUAUAUACUCUGUAAUUUCUAUUUGUGUCAAAGCUGGAAGCCUUCAAAAGAUUGCUCUGUAUGUGAAUUGCCAUCAGCGCUGGCAUUUUAUUGCUGUUUGUUUUCUUAUUUUUUUUUGGGGGGGGGAAGUCUUUCUUUUCUUUUAAAGAUGCUUCUAUUUUGUACCUCUUAGUAACAUCAUACAUGGAAAUGCUGCACAUGGAGACAGAAAAGCAGCCCAUCUGCUAUUCUUAGCAGGUUUUGUUUGAAAGCAUACGUUUAAUUUAUGGAAACAAAAGUGAGAAUUGGAGUAGCCUUGUGAGAUUUGAAGCCAGUUUCCCAAGAGCAUUUGAAUGUAAAAACAGAAAACAGAGGGGCCUGCUGGCUUUGAGUUAACACUACAUUUCCUGAAGAAUAGUGUGGAAUUCUCUGUGUGAAGGGGUCCCACUCAUUUUUUGGAGGUGGUGUACCAAUGAGGAAGAAAACCACACUUUUAGGAAUGUCUGUGCACAUUUGGGUCUGCCAAACAAACCUCCUCCCAAAGACUUUGUACCUUUUACAGAUGUGAAGACGUGAUUAGAAAGAUAAGAAGCUGCCUUAAAGCAAGUCAGGCACUUGGUCCGCACAGUUCAGUGCCAUCUACACUGACUGACAGGAGCUCUCCAAGGUCUCAGAAAAAAACAUUCCCAUUCCUUCCUGGAGAUGUCAUCAGGGAAAGAACUUGGAACCUUCUGCAUGAAAGUCAGAUAUUCUACCACUGAGCUUUGGUCCUCCAGAGCUUAACUUGACCUCUUUUCUCUCUCUGCUCUUCCUACACCAAGACAUCCCCACCUGUGGCUUUUGCUUCUCAAGCUCUAGCACCCACUGCUGUCCAAAGGUUUCGUACCCCUUCUGCCUCUUUCCCUGUUGCCCUUCAUGCCUGAAACUGCUUCACUCCUGAUUCACAGAACUUCCUUUAGUUUCUGCCUCAAAACUUAGCUUUUCGAAGGAAACUUUGGCACAACCUAGUCAUCCUAGUGCUCUACUGUAAGUGGAAUAACUCAGGCAUCCCCUUUCCCCAAAUGAAGACUCCAUUUCCCUCUGUUGCCCCACACAACAAUGUGAAUUAUAGACUGUAAGCUUCUAGGGGCAGAGAUCUGUCCUCGUGCACCCUGGAAGUGUCAUUCACAUUGCCGGUGCUGUAGUAAUCACCAUACUAAAUUCCACAAGUGUUAUUUCCCUUCACGGCUGCAGGACUUCUGAUUGACAGCUGCCACAUGUAAGUCUGGGUGUGUCAGUCCUAUUCAUGAUUACGGUACAUAUUAGCUUAGCCUUUUUUGUGAUUGUGAUAUUGCAAAACAGUAGUGCUGCACCUUUAAAAUAAAAGGCAGCAUGGCCUGUUCUUGUGCAUGUAACAAUUGACUGAUGUGCAAAAUGAUACCACUUUUCCCAAGCAUGCAAAUGGAAAUGAUCACCUAUAUUACAUACAGGUAUAUUGGACAUGUAAAACGUUAGCAGCCCUAAUCGCCACACAGCUUCAUGUUCAGCUUGUAUGCAAGAGAACUGAGAAUGGAGUGUGGACAUUGUCCUACCCAGCGGUGGGUGUCAUCAAGUCUCUAUUUACAUAACAAUGAAUAGUCAGUGAAUCAGGAAAUGGGUUUGAGAAUUGGCAUCACAAGGUUUCGUAGGUAAUUUUCACCUGGAAAAUUAGCAACUCAACCUAGCCCAAGAUUUAUCUUGUCCUGCAUUUUGAUAUAAAAUUUCUGAGUUCAAAAGUUUAAGGGAGCAUCAUCCGAAGUUUGAGCAGUACACUACUGUUUAUUUCCUUGGGGGAAGGAGACAUGUAUGACCAAGAGCUGUCAUACUUGAAACACACUAAAAGGCUUCCAUUUCAAAUUCUACAGAUACCCAAUAUGAUUAUUCAACAUAUUUAAUAUUCAUAUUUAUAGAAGUAUUUCUAUACCACCAUAUCAUAAUAUAUCAAAGUGGUAUAUUAUACUAUUGAAACAUAAAACAUCAUUCAAUUUAAAAAAAAAAUACAGAUAAUCAUUACGGUGACUGACUAAUCAAAAAUUAAACAGCUUUAAGCUCAAAAUUAUUUUAAAAAAACACCAGAAAAUAAAAAGAGAGGACAACUGCUACAUCUCUGCUAGAAGAGUGGCAAUGGCAUUUCUAGUUGAGGCCAUGGGGAGCAACUAACAUCACUCUUCUGGAAGAUCUCAGUGAUCAAGAUGGACAGUAAGGUUUGAGGUGGUCCUUAAGUUAUCCUGAGCCCAAGUUGUUCAGGGCUUUGUAUAUCAACCAAAGAACCUUGAUCCUGGCCCAGUAAGCACAUGCUUUAGGAGAGGAGUACCAUGCUGUCAGGAUUUUCUACCAGCUGCAGCUUCUGGACCAGGCUCAAGGGCAGCCCCACACAGAGCACAUCACAGCAAUCCAGUCUUGAGGUUACAGAUAGAUGGACUACAGUGACCAAGUGAUUCUGAUUCAGAUCUGGCAUCUUCAUUGUACUCUUUUUGGCUAAAAACAUGUUUGCUUAGACGCAGAUAUAUAGAAUGCCAGUGUUUUUAGUUUAUUGGUUUAAUUUUUAAUUAAUUUUACUAAUAAUCUUAUUGUUUUAUUCAUUUGGUAACCUGCUUUGAGGGUUUUAGUUUUUUUUAAAUCAAGCAGUAUAUGAAUUUUAUGAAAUAAAAAAUAAAGCUGGUAAAAGGCUCUCCUUAUACAGUACCUAUUUGGGGAUAUUAAGCAUGCUGUUCCCUGUUCUGCUGCUAGGUGACAGCAUACUACCUAGAGAAAGACUACACUAAUUUACUGCAGUCUACAAUUAUGAAAUGUGUUGGUAUAUGACAGACCCUCCAUAUAGCUGGUGUAAUAUUAACAUUUCCUUAGCUGACACUGUUAGCCUUCUUGAAUAUAAUAGGUAUGGAUUUCUUUUUCUUGUGUUUGGAACACCUGUGUGGAUUUCACAAGCACUUUGAUUAAUCCCAUAAUAUGAUCAUUUCACCCCAUUAAAAUGAGUGUGAAAGAACAGAAUCGUUAAACAGUAAACAGCAUGGAUGCUUACCAAGUUCUCGCUAUCUGAAUUUCCCCAAAGUUGGCACUUUCAAAAACACCAGGAUCAAUACUGUUUGGUUAGUCAUCCACCAUUCUCAUUCUCUCUCUCUCUCUCUCUCUCUCUCUCUCUCUGUGUGUGUGUGUGUUACAAAUUUUCAGAUGGGUCUUAUUUUAUCCAGUGCAGCAGAUUAUACACAAGGAUUCUUUUCUCUGUUGUGAUUUAACUAGUGCCCCUGAAAAGAGUCAAGCUAGAGCAGAAUUAGGAGUUUAUUGGCUUUUCAGACCACGACAUUGGCUGUUUGGCUGAGAACACAAUUUUACUGGAUGCAUCAGCAAAAUACUGCCUGGUUGUGCUGGCAGUCAGGUCACCUCCAGACAGUCAGUAUUUUGCAGGAGGAAUCCAAGCACAAACUGGGAAAGGUUUGCACAACCAAAGUGGAUUCAUGUGCUCUGUUGCCCUUGCACAACACAUCCACUUUUUUAAAAAAUGAUUUUUGGCAGUUGGGAAACUGGCAGGGAAAUGCAUUAAAAAUGGUGGACUGAAUUAAUGAUUAACGGGAAGACAGAUAAACACCCUGCAAAACAAUGCAGGAUGAAUGCUCCUUGUGUGGAACACUCAUUCCAAAUGAAUAGGAACAAAUUAUAAAGAAAGACGAGAUCUAAUCUAACCUCUGCGUUAGCUUUCAGGACAAAUGCUCAAUAAACAGGUCAUCUGAAGGAGGCCUACAUUCUCAUUUAAUGAGCCAUUUAAUGAGCAGUAUCAGUGGUGCUGCUUGGUCAGUUCCUGCUGUCCAGACUAGUAUGGUCCUAGCUUGAAUUUUGUGGCAAUCUCCACCUAGGAAGCUAUACCUUGGAAAGCACAAGCAUCUCUGCAGCUCUCAGGCAACAAAGCAAGAACCUGCUCCCAAUUAGACCAGGAGAAUGUUGGACUAGAAGCAGGGCUGGAUUUAGGUUUGAUGGAGCCCUAAGCUACUGAAGGUAAUGGGGCCCUUUAUAUGUCCAGCUGUCCUUUGUCAACAAAUUGUCACUGGUUUUUGUGUUGAAUAUAUGCUAUAUGGUAAUUUAUGGACCUAAUAGGCAUCUAAAGCCAUUUGUACAUAAUAAAAUAUGUAUUUUAUCAUAAAAUACAUAUUUUAUGUAAGCACUCUAUAUAUAGAAAUGAGAAAACCAGUGAUAUUUUAGGGAGCAGGCUAGCAGGCGGGGCCCAUUACUUACAUCAUAGGAGCCUAGAACACAAAACACUGUUGCUGUAUGUAGGUUUCAUUUUAUUUUAUUUUUAUCUUAUAUUUUGGAAAUGUACAUCCAGGGGUUUUUUUUCUUUAAUUUUUUUUGGGGGGGGGGCCCUAAGCUAUAGCUUGUUUAGCUUUUACGUAAAUCCGGCACUGGAGCCUAGAAGGGUCAACGGUCCGACUCUGCAAAAGGCAGAAGAAAUGAAAGCAGCGGGCUAUUGCGGCUCUGGAUGCGUGUGCAAGGCGAAGCCACAGGGGGGCGCGUGCACGCGUGCGACCAUGCCUGCAAUUGCUCCACUGGAAACACGGCUGCGUGCUUCUAAUCACCGAUCUGUUGCUGACGAGCAGCAGCACCGGAGAAGCCACUCCGUUGAACCCUUUAGCUUUAGAAACUGAGGGCUGAAAACAGCUGGUCCUGACCCCGUUCACCGCAGGCUUGCGAGGAUCUUUCCUUAGAUCCGUAUGUAACAAAUAAGCUCUACCAUUGCGCCGCCCCGUUCCACGGAACCCCUGUGCAGGGGUGUGGUUUCCUGGAGGAACCCUUUCCCGGUCACACGACGAGUCCCGUUUCGCUGCGGCGCUUCCUGCUGGCGGACUGCAGGUUAGUGAUCCUGGCGAGGCACGUUCGCCUGAGGACGCGAAUGCGGCAGCCCAGACCUCUCCCUCCUCCUCCCCCUGCUGCUGCUAUGGACUAGUCUCUGCAAAUACAUAACGCUUAGUUGCAAGAACCCUACCGCCAGACUCCGGGGAAAUGAGCUUGCGAUUCCCCCUUCGGGAAUUAUGAACGCUAAUUGUUGGCUUCUUUCCCUUUCUCCUGUAAUUAAGUUGCUGCUUUCUGUUGGUUGGCUUUCUCCUUCCUGUCUUCCCUUUUGUAUUAACGCGUGGUGGUUACAUAAGUAAAUAAACCGUGCCUGGUUGGGAAAGGAGGAUGCGUGGGACCUAGUCUGGGGUGCUUUCAGACUUAGGACCCACAUCUAAUUUAAACGGGGGCGUGAGGACGCCUUUUGAUUUUCUCUUGCCCUGUACUUGCACGGUGGUAGCGCAGCUGUUGCGACCCAUCCUGGAAUGCAACCAUGUGGGUCCCGACCCACCUGCUGGAGACCAGUGUUAGCUGGAAUAGCAUUUACCCCCCACCCCCAAAACGGAGUACAGCUUGGUCGUGGUUCCUUCUAGUAGCGUUAGACAUUACAAAAUUCUACAUAAACGUUUAUUGUGUGGUAGGUUUGUGCAACUGCCACAUGCAUUGAUAAUUAGUUUGGCAGGGAAAUGUGUUUUAUCUCAUCUAAGAGGAAUCUAGGCAUUAACCUUGGCUCAAAUUAAGCUCUUAAUAUGCUGCAGGGGGUGAUACAGUCAUCUCCUUACAUACUUUUUUAUUUCCAUAUUUUAUGGAAAGAAGAGUCCUGCUGCCUCUUGACAGUUCUUGGGCUUGUUCUUUUUAUAGUGUCAUGAUCAAAAUCUCAAAAGUAAAGGGUUUGAUGUAAUUUCGGAACCUGAAGGAGUUGUAAGGUUCUGAAAUACUGGCUGUGACCAUAAGUGUAUUUAUUUCAGAGUUACCCAUAUUGAAUCUGGUAGGACUUAACAGCCAAGGAAACAUGCUUAGGGCAGAAAGUGCUCUGUCUAGUAUACUGCAAUCUGGAUUAAGUGGAGUGAUUGGUACAGGCGUGAUGGAUGAGUUUUGCCCAAUGAUUGAAUUAGAUGACUUUUGAAACCCUUUUGAGCAGGAAUUGGGAAUCUUCUUGGGAAAGUGGCAUGGCUCAGCAGUAGAGCACUGCUUUGCACACAGAAUGUCCCAUGUUCACCCCCUGGCAUCUCCAGGUAGGGCUGAGAAUGUCUCUUACCUAAGAACCUUAGAAGCUUCAUACCAGUCCAGUGUGGAUGGAUGAAUGGUCUGGCUUGGUAUAUUUCUGUAUCUAACCUCAUGCUCAGUGACCAAAUAUAACCCUCCGAGCCUCCCUGUCUGCCCCUUGGGACUCUUCCUGGGCCACACCCCAUUGUCUACCACACCUCCUCUCUCCAAAUGUUUAUCCCUUAAAUUAGUGUGCCCUUGAACUCUUCGUGGCCUGGAUAGAGUAUACUGUGUGUGAUGGAGAGAGAGAUCUCCUUCGCUGCUUUUUGAGUCUGUCCUGUUAAGUUGGGAUAUACCUGAAUAAUAGACAAUAAGGAGAAAUAAGAGGUUGUAAGAUAUUUCGUGUUUAAAAUGAAGAAAAAAUGGUAUUUAUUUGCCUAAAUGUGCUAUGGAACUUCUAAGGAUUGCAGCAUAAACUUUCUAGUUUCCCCCUUUUUCAUGGUCUCUUAACCAUUUUCGCUCUUUUCCAUUAGUUUAAAGGCAAUUAGAGUUGAUGGUACAAAAAUUGGUUUUCUUCAAGCAUAUCCUGAGGCUGUUGCACAAUCUCUCUUCCUAAAGCUUAAUGUACAAAGAUUUGAUAGUGAAAUGUCAGUGUAGAGUGUGCACAGAAUUCUAAAUCAGUGCCAGGCAAGAAAUUCUAAUUUGGAAUUUUAUUACCAAACUGACUACCAGUUUAAUCUAUACUGCAUUGAUUAUUUCCAGAUUUGCUGUGCUAUGAAUGUCUUUGCUCAUUUUAACCCACAGAAGUUUGAGAAACCUCUGUAAAUGUAAAUAUCAUGCAGGGUGGGGGAAUAGAGAUGGACAAUGACAGCUGCUAAGGCAAAAAUUAUGUUCAAACCAGAGUAGAUUAGAUCUCUUCCUUAAGGUUUAUAUCUGCUUCCUAUUUGGGAAAGUUUGCAGCCAUUGAAUGAGCCAUAAAUCCAGAGAUGCAACUUUUAAAAAAAUGUGAGGGGUUUUUUAGGCUAAUAUGUGUUAUUACCUUAAAAAUGCUUCUAACCUAGAGAGGUGGAUGAGACACUGUGGUAUGUAGGGCAUUUGUUGUGCACUGUAUAAAUCCUUACUGCAAUAUUGUUUAAAAAGAAGCUUUGAGCUCCCAAUUGGAGAAAUGUAUAAAACACUAAAGGGUCAUCUGUCAUGGAUGCUUUAGUUGAGAUUCCUGCAUCGCAGGGGUUGGACUAGAUGACCCUUGGAAUCCCUUCCAACUCUACAAUCCUAUGAUUUUCUGACUACUUUUGUUCUUUGAAAAACAAAGGUUAAUACUGUGCAGUUUUAAAAAUCUAGAACAUCACUAUUUUCAAAGCCACCAUUCCAAAGUCAUUUCUCCUGUGUUCUCAUUCAAAGUACCCAAUGAAUAUUGAAUGUAAAAUAGAAACCCUAUGAAGAAAAGCUGCUUUGAUAAUAAUUUGCUAACACUGCGUUUGUAGAUGCCUCAAGUCUCCUAGCAACUGGAAAGGCAUUAAAAUCCUUCCAGUGGCACAGUGUGUCAGUGUAUCUGGCUCUUAACCAGAAGGUUGGUGGUUCAAGUCCAUCCAGGGAUGACUGUGGGCAGGAUUCCUGAAUUGCAGGGGGUUGGACUAGAUGACCCUCAUAGUCCUUUCCAAUUCUCUGAUUAUAUGAUAUGUCAUCUUGAUGAAUGAAAAAGCAGUUAAAAUUUGUGAACAUUAUUAUUAUUUAUCAACCCCCACUGGUGUGCAUGACACUUUACAAAGGGCAAAAAGUCUUUUUAUGGCCAACCUCUGCCUAAAGAACCACUUUGCCAACAGUUUCUUAUCCUACAAAUAUACACUCGUAGUUUGCCCAUGUCAUUUAGCAAAUAUACUUAGAUGCACAUUUUUCCAAAAUUGGGACAAAUGUAUAUUUGCCUGUCGGAACCAUUUCAGAUAAAAGUGUGCUGUGUGGUUAUUGGCUUGGGUUUUUCCUCUCCUCUGAGGUCAUGAACAUAGAUUCCAUGGACAGGUGCCCAAUUCAGUUUUCUCUGCUUCCUGGCUCUAGCACAAAAGAAAGCCGUGACUAAGGGAGGGGAGUGCGUCUUGCUUUUUUUUUUUUUUUGCUGUGCUUAUCUCCACUAGAUCCAGGUUCUGCUUUUUCCUUUAAAAAUCCCACCCUGAGAUGAUGCAGCUAUAUGAGAGUGGGCACAGAAGGCAUUUCUAAGGGUCUGUUGGCACAUUUCCUCCAGUUUCCUGACGCAUUGAUUCAGCAUCUGCCAACCCUUCAGGCUAUAGGUCACAGUCUGCACUGAUUAGUCUAAAGCGUUGAACCAGAGAAUCUCCCUUUAUCCUUCCUCCAUCCCUUUCUGUCAGUGAAGGUAGUCAACUCACACAAGGGAAGCCACCAUGCUAAAUAGAUCCUUCUGUUGCUUGGUACCAUGCCCUGUGGUUAAAGUGUAGGGCUCAACUGGGAUGAGUGUGGGAAACGUCAAUUAGAAUUGAUCCAACGGCAUUGAAGACAAGAGAGGCCUGGUGUUUUCUGUCACUGCUGUGGUCUAAAGAUCAAUAUGUUCCCACUUUGCGUCCUAAAGGACCUUCAGUGUAGCUCUAAUCACACACUGACUUGUGUCUAGGGCACUUGAAUGUAGCAGCAGGAACAGGGCUAUGCUUCUUUCCCCACCCCAACAUUGCAUCUCUGAUUGCAUGGGCUUCCCAGUUGUGUAGAGCUUGUGCCAACAGUUCUCUUUCAGACCUCUUUGCUCAACAUGUGAAAGUCAGGAUGAAGGGAACGCAGUGUUGGGGGUUGGGCCAAUAGCACAGUCCCACUCCUGCUGCUACAUAUGAAUGUCCUGCAUGCAUGUGUCUAUAUCUAUAAGGCACGGCUUUUCUAAUUGUGUUUAACAAAAUCUAUUUAACCACAUGAUUGUAACAAAACCUCCGAGUCUGGAGCUGAGCAUUCAAAGCAAAGAUGUAUUAGAAGGAAUAUAGGUUUACUUCACCUUUGUGAGACUGUGUGAAUUUUAAUUGGAAAUGUUUGGCUAUAGUGAGGGUUUUUACAGCCAACCUCUGUGACUGAUCUUGCUGAUGUGAGCCUGUGUAGUCAGAACAAUAAAAACAUUUUACAAUUUGCCAUAAACCGCUCCUGUAACUAUGAACUGGGCAUCCAUUGCUGCUCACCUGGUGGAGACAGAAACUGCUUCCUGGCUUUAGCACAAAGUAAGUACUAAGCAACAGCUCCCAGAGCAUUUGAUCUUGUGUUCUUUAAAAACUGGGUUCCGGCACCUCUCAGGUGGGCGCCACUCUAAGAGAACAAGGGUUCAUGGUGAGUUCCGGCACCUCUUUUUCUAGAAAAAUUGCACUUUGACUCCUCAGCACUGGUUGCAUUUAUGAGACUUCAGUUCUUGGGCUUCCGGCUUCUAUGCUCCUGUGUAGUGGCCGCAUACAGACAGGGUUAAAGAGCCAACACAUUUACUAUUUCAAAACAACAUUUGCAAAUACACCAAAGGCUUAGCCAGAACAACUCUUGAAAAUCAGCUGAGACCUUUCAGUUUUGCUGACUUUAGGGGGGGGUGAAGAUUAAGGUAUAUGAUGCAAAUAUAAGAAACCAGUCCAGCGAGUCCUUUGUACACAGAGACCAGAUGGCCACUUCUAGAGCCUUGAUAUGCACUUCAGAGGGUCGAGCUGUCAGGAGCAUCCAAAUGGGGAGGAAGGAAGGGCUGUUACAUUGCAGAGAAUUGUGUGAGUGAGCAAAAGAAUCAGAAGGAUAUUGUAAAGCUGAGGACAGCAAGACACAUUUAGCUCUGCGCUGGACUUUGGGGCUCUCCUGGUAACAGCGGAGAAGCAAGCUCUGUUGGGGUGUUAAUUCUGUGAACCCCUCCAACCUCUGCCCAGGUUGUACAUAUGUGUAAAUAAAUAUUCCAAGGAUACCAAACCCUGAGUAACCGCUGGAACCCCUGGUAUCUCUCACCGCUUGGAAAUCAGGGUGGCAUGUAACAGUAAACCUUUUAGAACAGCUGCAUCGGUUGUUGGUUAAUUUUGGGGCCCAAUCCACGGUGCACAUGUUGGUGUUUAAAGCCCUAAAUGUGGUAGGCCCCAAAUAUAUGAAAGUCCGCCUUCUUACCUCCAGACCCUCUCACAUGUUAAGAUCAGCAGAGGGCACCCUCUUGGUAGUUCUGCUGCCCCAGAUUUUUUUUUUUUUAUUAAUUAACAAGGGAGUCACUACCAUCAUAAAAACAACCAUAAAACUUCUCUGUGGCAACCCAUAAGCUGUGGAACUCCCUCUUCACAGAACGUGCCUGACACCUUCACUGUACAGUUUACACUGAAUGCUGAUUAUGCACCUCUUUACCCUGUCCUUUGACACUUGAGAUGCGUAUUUUUAGGACCCACCCUAUUCUUGUGAUUGUCAUAUCAUUUAAACUAUUUUUAAUGCUGUAUUUUAAAUGGUUGUGCCCUACCUUGGUACCUUAGGCUUAUGGGUGGAUAAUAAAUCAAAUAAAUAAUCAAUAAAUCUCCAUUGUGGUUUAUAGCUUUUGAUUUAUAUUUAAUUGAAUUCUAAAUAACACAUUUUGGGUGUUUUUUGUUGUUUUUAAAUCGGUUGUCACCUGUCCUUCAAAUGAACUCAAUAUUUAUUUUUAGCUAGGAUUAUAGUUCUGGAGAGAAGGGAGAUUAUUCUUUUUCAGAUGAAUUUAUGUGGGUAGGGAAGCAAAUGUGGGGGUUUUGUAUCUGGCUGUUAAAAAUGUGUGCUGUGAACCAUGUUAGAUUCUUUUAAAAAUAUAGAGACAAUUUAUAAAUACUCAAAAUAAGUGUUAGGGUAAAAAGUAAAUACGCAUUCAUCUGAAAAAAAUGGUGUACAUAGAUGUUCUGAUGUUAUCAGCCCUCUUGGGAAAGAGAAAGAAAGAAAGAAAUUAUUCAUUUGAAAAUAAAUAACAUCAAAAGUAAAUAAUUUUAUUAAUUAACAAGGGAGUCACUACCAUCAUAAAAACAACCAUAAAACUCCAUGUGGAAUAUUUUGCCUCUAACUUUUCCUCAAACCAGGCCAAGAGAUGUGUGGGCUUUCAGUUGGCUAAAGAAAAUCCAAAAUCUCGAUAGAACAUGAAAGAGACAGAACAAAUGAAUUCUAUGUAAAUCUGAAAGCACUUGGUUUGCCAUCCAAAAAAUUGAGCACUUCAAAGUAAUGAUGCCUGUGGGGAAAAAGAAAUGGGAUGAAAUUAGGGAAGUGAAAUAUAUGUUAAGUUAGAUAAAAGGAAAAACAAUAAAGAGAGCAGAUGUAAUUUUUGGUGGUGAUUGCUAUCUUCAUCUCCUUUUUUCUCAUUUAGGUUAGGCGAUGCGUGUCUUGUUCAGAGGUAAAACUGAAUGGAAAAAAAAUACCUUUGCCCAUUCCAGUUUUUAUUUGUCUAAAAGCUGAGGACUUUUCCUCUUAGCUAUUACCAGAGGGAAAGGAAAGUAAGGGUUUUGUUGGGUUAUAAUAUAAUCUUUCUUAAUAACUAUAAAAAGCAGAAAACGUCCAGUGCUUUGGUGUUUUAGGCUCAUGAAUCUUGCAGAGAUGGGGGAACUUUGCCAGGUAUUAAUUCAGGAAGCCUCAGAGCCUAACUCUGAAACAGAAAGAUGUUGUCUUUACAAAUGCUGUACCUUAACCAUUCUCCUGUUUGUGGAAACAAAUCAAUUAUCGUAGGGUAGCUUUGUGGAUAGUAUUUGGGCCUGAAUCUUCAUAUCCUCUGUAUCAGGGAGGAGUCCCAUCCCCCAGAAUGCUGCAGGAUUUGCUUUUCCUGAAUGGGAUUUGAAAACCUUAGCAGUUGCAGGUGAAACUAGGUUAGGUAGAAAGUCACUUUGUUGGGGAAAUAACUAGGAAGAAUGCUGAUUUUAACAUAUACCUUCAGACUUAUUCAUCUGUUUUGUUAAUGAAAGGCCUAACAGGCCCUCCAAGUUUAAAAAAAGGAGAGGGAGAAAGAAAAAGUACCCAAUAGCUUCUAUCAGGGCAACUGAGAUAAAAUAAAAGCAAUUUAAAAUAAUAAAUCAAGUAACAGUGAUACAAGAUUAGCAUUAUUUAAAUUGGAGAUGUCAGUGGAAUACAUGCAAACAAUGGAGUAUCUGGUUAGAAUAAAUCCAAUAGAUAUUUUAAAAGGCAUCACCCAGGCACCAUGGUUUUUCAUAUGAAUACUUUGUGAACCUACUCGGGAUGUAAAAAGGUAAAGGUACCCCUGCCCGUACGGGCCAGUCUUGCCAGACUCUAGGGUUGUGCGCUCAUCUCACUCUAUAGGCCAGGAGCCAGCGCUGUCCGCAGACACUUCCGGGUCACGUGGCCAGCGUGACAAGCUGCAUCUGGCGAGCCAGCGCAGCACACGGAACGCCGUUUACCUUCCCGCUAGUAAGCGGUCCCUAUUUAUCUACUUGCACCCGGGGGUACUUUCGAACUGCUAGGUUGGCAGGCGCUGGGACCGAACGACGGGAGCGCACACCGCUGUGGGGAUUCGAACCGCCGACCAUGCGAUCGGCAAGUCCUAGGCGCUGAGGUUUUACCCGCAGUGCCACCCGCAUCCCUCGGGAUGUACAUGAGUGCUAAUCCCAUUUUAUCAAAUUUGCUAAUCUUAUAGUAGUAACUGGAAGCUAUAGGGGAAUGUUUCUACAUAACAAUUAAAGUUGCUGCUGGUUUUUCUCCAGCAUUCAAUAUAGCAAAGCCAUUGAGUAGCCAUAGUUUAGUAGAGAAGGUGGGGACUGUGGCUAGAGAGUGGUGUUGAUGGCUGACUGGGUUCUUGGUGUUGGUGUUGAACUAUUAGUGGUUAUGCUUUACUAGACUUAUGACAAAAAUUUCAAGGGCUGACCUAGUUAUUGCUGGAGAACUUCAAAACCCACUUGGUUGAUUUCAUGUGGAAUAAAUCAAGGAGGCAUUAUGAAAAUGCUAAUUGGCCAUUUAUCUUGCUGAACGCCUGCAAGAUAAAAUGUCAGACAUUCCAUAAAUUAAGAACCCUAUUCAAAAUCAAAUAUUAAUAUCUUUUUUUUUUUUAAAAGAGGUUUAAACGUGAGCUUCGACAUCAGACUUUCCAGGGCAGUUGUGUUUUUCAGAUUAAGCUAUUGAAAAUAUCAAUCUUUUUGUGCUUGACCCAAAUCAUGGUGUGCCAAUGACUAGCAUUAGAGAAGAGGGGUGGGGUGCGGGGAGAGAAAAAUAAUUUUGUGAUAGUACCUUGUAUUGUGUUACUUGUUGUUCAUGACUCCUGAGCAUCACCUGGCUGUAAUGUCCACAUUUGCUACCUGCCCUUUGACUUGCCAAGGCAAAAUUACCGUAGUUACGGUGUUUAAAAAUUAUUUUUAUUUAUAUCUUGCCUUUCCUUCAGUGCUGGACCCAAGGCGGCUUGCAACAUGAAUUAGAAACAAAUAUAGCUAAAUAAACUAACCAGUUAGUUAUAAAUAGUAAAAAAUAAUAGCAACUAUUAAAUAAGAUUCUAAAUUAAAAGCAGCACUGAAUCAAAAUAACUUAAAACUGUUUGAAAAUGCAACAAGAGAAGCAGAAAAUAAAUAUACAAAGCCAGCCAUUAAAAGACCCUGCUGCAACAGCCAAUUAGUGGCCAAAGGCCUGCCCAAACAAAAAAGUCUUUGUCAACGAAAGGAAAGCAGAGAGGGGGCCAGCCUAGCCUUCUGUGGGAGCAGCUACCAAGAAGGCCCUCUCUCGUGUCCCCACCAAAUGUGUCUGUAAGGGUGGUGGAGCCAAGAGGAAGGCCCCUCACUGAAGAUCUUGACACCCAGGCAGGCUCAUAUAGGGAUAUACCUGUACCUUCAGGUAGCUGAUAGGGUGGAUGACACCUAUCAGCCAAUCACCCAUUCCCACCACCCUUCUGAGUAAUACCCCUUCCCACCCUUUCACCCUCCCACUAUAUAUAAGGGUCUGGUGACUUCUGUUUCAGUGUAUCUGAAUAAGUGUGCAUGCACACGAAAGCUCAUACCAAUAACAAACUUAGUUGGUCUCUAAGGUGCUACUAGAAGGAAUUUUUUUAUUUUGUUUAGAUAGGUCUGAAAAAUAAGAUGCAAUUAGGCAUCAUCAACCUGGAUUGAUUUCUCCUCUGUGCUCCUUUCCAGAAAUGACCAUUUUACUAUGGAAGAGUUUUCAUCGAAUUACUCAUGGCAGAUUGUUGCCACAAGUGAGUUUGUCCCUCCAUACCCAUACUCAUGGCUUUGAGGAGGAGAAAAUAAAGAAGAAGCUUCAGCAAUUUGCAGGUGGAUCUGUUGACCUUUCUAAAGAAGAUGAUGGGAUUGGGAUACUGACAUUGAACAAUCCAAGGUUUAUGAAUGCGUUUACAGGUAUUAGCAAUGUGUUGUGGAUGGUUUUUGCAAUUUGUUAUGUACAUUUAUAUAUUCUCUCUCUCUCCUCUUUGUAUGAUGCCCAGAGAGUGAUAGCUAUUGGGUGUCUAGUAUAGCAAAUAAGUGAAUACUUUCUUAAUUAUUAAUACAUUUAAUAAUAUGUGUUUGCUUCCUCUUCAGUAUGUGCAAAGGCAGAAAUGACUCCUUAACACCUGCCUUCAAAUGUGAUGAGAAUUAUCUUGCAAUCACAGAGAUUUUAAAUGGGUCGUGUUCUUCACAGGGACUCUGUAAUACCACACUAUAGAUGUUGAAAAAGCCUUUUCUCACAACGGUUCAGUGAGCCUGAAGCCAGAUGCCCCAGUUCUUUUCUCUUUGUUUUAUAUAUCUGCCCAAAUGUACUUAAUUCUUGGUUUAUUUAAAUUCGUAACCUGCUCUUUUCUUAAGGCUCCAAGUCCAAAGCAAUAUUCAUAAGGAUUUUCAAUAUAGAAAUGUAGGUGGAUUAACCAAAUGCUGAUCUAGAAAUUGCUACUGAAUGCCAUCAUGGAUUUUAAAAAAAAGUCUUGUAUUGCUUCUGGAAGUUGCUCUGACUUCCUCAGUGUUCCAGAGAAAGGGCAUAAAAGCUGGACAAGCACUUUUCUAUAGACCUGUAUGCUGGUCUAAGGGUACCAGACAUCCCCGUUCCUGGGGACAGUCCUCAGAUUUACAAAUCAGUACCCAUACAAAAUCCAUUGAAGUUGAAAAGUGUCCCUGGAUUCAUUGGAAAAAAUCUGGUAACCUUAGGCUAAUCACUGCUGACCAUGGAAACUGAAAUAUGACCACAGGGGUCGAGGAUUUAGGAAAUCAUAGGUCAAGUCCUCUCACUGUGAAUUACAGCUAGAAGCUUAUAACAGUGGAGACCCUGGAAUACUGAUACAUUCUCCCAUUGGCUGGCGUUUGGCCACUGCAUGCUUAUGUUGUUUCAAGAGUUUGGAUAGGAUACUAAUAAAUAAAUUAAUAAAGGAUUCAAAUCAAUAAAUAUACCAUAUCGAGAAUCCAUUAAAUCAUCUGGGGGUAUUAAAAGUGUCAAGCCACAAGUUUACCAAGGGAAAGAAAAUUCACUAGAGAAGUGCAAGGAGCAUCUACAUGUGAGCAUGUAGAGCAGUGACUGAUAAUGCUUUUCCUCUGGGAGGUUGGGGGUGUGUGUGUGGCCACCAUGAUUUUGUGGUUAGUCCUGUCUCUUUUUCUGGUUUGUUUGUUUUUUAAAAAAAAGAUGUGUAAGCCAUUAUAUCAUGCUCUCCCAGCAGCCAUUUCAUGUUACGUCACACUCCACAGCAUCGUUUUGUGAGACUAUAUGCCCUGUGGCAUGUGACUGGCACCCACAGCACUUCCUCAAAAUUCCAAAUGUGCCCAUUGGCUUAAAAAAGGUUGGUGACCCCUACCCAGCCAUUCCCCUGGACGGACACUUGGCACCUUCCUUCCACCAGCACUUUCCAAAGUGCAGCCAGAGGUGCAGAGGUAAAGAGGUGCAGCCAGGACAGAGUCGACAAUAGGAGUUCUGUUUUUUAAAAAUAGAAAGUAUAGAUGCUGAUAGUAUAGCCUUUUCAUAUAGAGUCAUAUAUCAUUAUCAUAGAACCAUAUAAUUGUUUUCAAACUAGUUUUUCUAAUAAAGUGCAUUCUAAAGGUGACCCUCACAUGCUCCUUCUUUUGAUGGCAGGUGUGAUGAUGCUAGAGCUACAGGAGAGGGUUGCUGAAUUGGAAAACUGGACGGAUGGAAAAGGGCUAAUUGUCCGUGGUGCAGCAAACACUUUUUGUUCAGGGUCUGAUCUGAAUGCUGUCAGGGCGCUGUCCAGCCCACAGGUAAGUGAUAGUAGAAAUCAAUUUCUCAUGCACUGUUUAAUGUUCUGAGCCACUUGUUCCUCAAUGAAAGAUGACCCUGCAAAUCAUCAUAAGAAAACAAUAACAAUUAUUCUGUUUUGUGUCUGGAUGCUGAAUGUGCUGUCAGCAUUUCAGAAGUGAAUGACAAAUUGCAAGUAGUGCAAGUGUAGGGGUCGUGCCUUUGAUUUAUUACUCAGAAUUUCCAUGCUGGAAAUUCUUCCCUCAGUUUAUUGCAUUUCUUCUUUAAAACUUUUUUAAAUCUUCAGAGAAAUGAGACUGGUUGCAGACAGUAAGAUGAGCUUGAUUGGUUUCCCAAGCUGUUAAAGUGGAUUGGUCUCCUUCACCUGCAGUUCAGUUAAUGGGAAAGAAAUCUAUGUGGAGGGAGACUCCUGUUAAAAGGAAGCUAUUUAGACUGCAUUCCAAAUACAGUGGUACCUUGGUUGUCGAACUUAAUCCAUUCCAGGCCUCCGUUCGACUCCAGGAACCGUUUGAAAACCAAGGCACAGCUUCCAGUUGCCUGCAGAACCAUCCUGCACUCAAUCAGAAGCCGCAUCAGAUGUUUGGCUUCCAAGAAACAUUCGCUAACCGGAACAAUCACUUCCGGGUUUGCGGCGUUCGGAAGCCAACUUGUUCAGGAGACAAGCCAUUUAACAACCUAGGUGCCACUGUACCCACUUAUCUGGGAACAAGCUCCAUUGAACUGAACGGGACAACUUCUGAGAAGAUUUUUGCAAGGUUUAUUUUAUUCCUCAGGCAGCAAUCCUAUGCACACUUGGAAGUAAGUCCCACACUGAGAUAGGUUUCUGAGUAAACCUACAUAGGAUGAGGCAGAAAUUCCCAGUAUCAAUCUGGCUGUUGUUCUUGGCCACAGAGGAUAUUUGUCCAUUUUAUUCCCUGCAAUCACAUCUCACUCAUUGCAAGAAUUCAGCCACAGCCUUUGUUUAAAUAAUGGCAGGAUUAAUACUAGGUUUUAAAAAAGGACUUGGAUCCAUAAAGCGACGUAGGACAACUAAAAGCUGUCAUUAGUGCUGAGUAACCUGUCCAGUGCUGUAACAUGUCAAUUCACAGUGGUUUUCAAGCCAGCGUUGAAAAGUGCUCUCACUUUCCUCAGGACAAAAUGAAACGACUGGCUUUGUUUAUUGUUACAGCAAGAAUAAAAGACAGCGCUCUCCUAACUGAUCGCUGUAUGUUUCUAUCCUUUGGAAAUCUCAUUUCCAAAAUGUGAGAAAUAAAAUAAAUUUACUCCUUGGCGUGAGUCAUAAACUUGUGCAAUUACUGUGACCCAAAUUUGGUUCAAUAAAAUUGUUUCCUGGGUUUGUUGGCAUGGACCACACAUUGUAUAUUCCUCACAGUAUGAAACGGAGGUCUGACUUGAUUUGGUUAAAACACUUUCUCAGCAGCAGACUUACCCCAGUUUUUUUAGUUGUAUUUGUAAAAUUCCAUUCUCUGAAAUAUGUCAGACUUCCCAAAUCACUUUGGUAAUUAGCUGUGUAAAGUUAUCUCACAUUCUAGGUCCCAUUGAUUACAAUAGGAGAGCUAAGCAUGUGCUGUAAUCUCUCCCUUUUGAAAUUCCUUUCACUUGGCUGAAUUCCCUGAUAUCCAGCAUUAGUCAUUUUGAAAUCAGUGGAUUUAAGCCUACUCUGAAUAUGACAAAUGUUGCAUAUCAUCCUCUGUUUAACUACAGUGAGAGGUUCUUUUGCUUUCUGGUGUCUGAAUCAUAGGAAAGUUGUUUCUAAAUAAUGGCUCAGAACUCCCAGUGUCUUUCAAGAACCUUGAGUGUGAAUUUUCAGACCAUAUCUUGCAUGGCAGUAAUUUAUUUUCACCCUUGCUUGAUGUUUCUCACUGCACAUUUUGAAAAUAAUUACAGUAAGUCCUACAUUCUGGGGAUUGCACCUAAAGCCAAAAUGCAUAUAGUCAAAACACAUUGGGUACAAUGGCAAGUGGGACUGCCAAAGUCUUUCUUCCCAGAUGCCUGCCUCCUUUCUUCCCUUCUUUUAAUUGUUAAAGAAUAAAUAAAUUGCCAAGUGCUUAAAGCGCACAAGCUAAAUGUGUGUGAGUUGCAGGCUUAUUGUACAGCAUAUUACAGGGUCGCAAACAGGUUUUGUUGUUGGGGAAUGGUGUUGCCCUGUGGGUGUUGAGAAAAUACGAAAAAUGUCACUGGUCUUUUCCAGCAGUGGUGAAAAGGCCAUCCCUCUGAUGACUUGGCUACUUGGCAUUGGUUAGCUUAACACAGGGGAGAAGCAAAAAGGACUGGGGAGAAGCAAAGUUCUUCUCUGGGAGUUCACAUGUUUGUGUGGUUUCAGUAAUCCAUAGUUUAACUUACUGUGCAGUGCAGAGCAGCUAAAUGUUAGCUGGAAAUCUUCUCUGAAAGAACUACCCAAACCACUGGAUAUGCCUUUCUGUAGCAGCCAGUUUUGUCAGAGGAGAAUGUUUGAUAUGUAAGAUAUGGCCAUGAGUGGCUACCUACUAGUCACGACGGCUAUAUAUGCAGCCUCCUUUCACCUGCCUAUGGACUUUCUAGAGGAAUCUGAUUGGCCACCAUGGGAAAUAGGAUGUUGAACCAGAUAGGUGCUUUUGGUCUUAUUCAUCAAGGGCUCCUCUUCAGUCUGCUAGGCUCAUUUAACUGAAGCCAAGAGCCAAAGUCUUUUCAGUCUCUGCCUUCCAUGGCAUUUAAUUAAUAAGAUAUUAAUAAUGGCAUGCACUCCCCAGUCCGCCUUCUGGUUGCCAUUCAAGAGUUAGCACCAGCCGACAGUCUUACUUUGUAGAAGCAGAAAUGCUCUGAGAUCAUUAAUGUGGCUUUGUUUUGAAACUUUUCACUAUGAAUAGUUCCUCUUCCCCCCCUUCCCUUCCAUAAACACAGGCAUCUUUGUAUUCAUCAACACUUUAGACUUCUCUUCUGGCCUGCUUUGUGCACUGCUCAGGGUGUUUUUUAAGUUAAAUAGUGAGAUCACUGCUUAGGGUGGAAAAUGUCUUUGUUCUUCAGCUUUAUUCAAUCCUAUUUCAUUUAUGAAUAGAAUUUGUGUUCCUAAUUAUAUUAUUGAUAUAUAGGGUUUGCUAUCUGCCUUUCACCCUGAGCUGUCUUGCAGUGUCUUACAACAGUUAAAAAGUGAAUGCAAGCCAACAACAAUACCAUGUCAAAACAGCAAUAAAAUUGCAGAGAGAGAGAGAGAGAGAGAGAGAUGUACAGCCACUCAGGCUACCUUUAGGUAGAUGAAGAAGAGAACAAAAAUAUGUGCCAAAUAGAUAGAAAUAAAAACAGAAAAGGCUAAGGGUCUCAAAUUCAUUUUUUAAAAAUGUUUUGCAAAAUAAAAAAGCCUGUGUAUUGUAAAAGCUAGGAAUCGGCAUCUAGAGACUGCAGAGUCCUAUUUCAGCCACUAAGCAGUGUACAAAAUAACAAAUGCAAUAUGCUUAUAUAACAAACAGCCUCAGAAACUACAAGAUAAUACAAUAUAACAAAAAGAAAAAUGCCCAAAGCAAAAACACAGCAGCACAUUUUGAAUUGUCUUUAGUCUGGAGCCCCUUCCCUCUUCAGCCUCUCCCUUGCCAAGGCACACCCUGACCCAAAAUGCAACACUCGCCUCACUGUUCACCAUCCCACCCAAAUUCUGUGCUACAUCUGCAUAAAUCAUACAAUGUGCACUAAUUUAAUAUCACCAACCCAUACUGCAUCUUCACCAGCACACACAAGCACACCAUUAACCCAGUCACUCCCACUUGGUCACCAAAUACUUUCUCCAGUCACUCAUUCCACUGGGGCCUGACAAUGUGGACAACGGGCUUGUAGCAAUGCUGACUUGCCCUCUUAACCCGCUUGGAUGGGGGGAAAUAGUCCAGCAAGUGGUUAAUGCAUCGUUAUGUAGCAGGGUGGUGCUGCAACCACUCCUAAUAAAGCCUGCUCUGGAUCCAGUAGCAGGCAACACCUUCCACCUAAAUGCAAAGACCUCUUUUCUUGGGAAAGUGCUUAGUACAGAUGUUCUUGGAUGAAACCAAUUAUUCUGGCUCUUACCAGUUUUGGGUAGAACCUGGUUUCGCAGCCCAGUUGACCUUGCUAGCCCUGAUGGAUGACCAUCAGGAGAAGGUCAAGUGAGUCUUGCUUUAUCUUUCAGCAGCAUUUGAGACCAUCAACUAUAGAUUCCUCCUGAAUUAGCUCUGUAGGUUAGUGAUUGCAGAUGCUAUUCUGCACUGGUUCUGUACUCACCUGCAGGGCUGGUUCCAUAGAGUAGCACUGGAUGACUAUGUGUCUAAGGAACAUGAGAAGAGUUUGCUGGAUCACGCCAGUGAGCCAUCUCAUUUAGCAUCCUGAUCUCACAGUGGCCAACCGGAUAGAUGGCUGUGGGAAACCUGUAAACAGGACCCGAGCACUAGAGUCCUGGCAGUUAUGCUGUGGAAUGUCCCAGUGCUUAUUUUGUCUCCAGUGCUAUUUGGCAUCUUUAUGGAGCCAUUGGUAGCAGUCAGUAGCUGAUUUGGAGCACAAUGUCUUUGGUACAGUUUAGAGUACAGAACCUAGGCAAAACGUUUAGGAAAUUUAUUAUAUGUAAGCUCAGUUGGAAUCAGUAGAACGUUCCAGAGCAGCUAUUCCCUUUGGGCAUUUGUGUACCUCAGGAUAAUUUUAACUGUUUUCCUCCUUCUUUAUAGGAUGGGAUGGACAUGUGUAUGUUCAUGCAAAACACCUUAACCAGACUCAUGAGGUUAGUGUGUUUUGUCUGAUUAACUUUUAAAAUGUUCAACAGCUUGAAUUGUAGCCCUAGCAAAAAAUAAAUAAAUCCAAAAGUGGCAUCUCAUGUUGCAUGAUUUGUAAGCCUGGAGAUGUUGGAAACUAAAACGUUGGUUCUUAUAAGCAGAUGACAUUUAGAACUCUUGAAGUUUUCCGAAAUGACAACAAAGCCUUUGGUGGUAGGGGCAGGGACAUACCACCCCCUGAAACUUCUGUCUCAAUUUCUAGAAAGUGUUGAAGUCAUCUCUUAAAAGUUGGCAAGCAGUAUGUCCACAACCUACAUAGGGGUAUGGAAGCAACAUGUGCAGAGGAGGAGACUGUUAGUUUAAUCCACCAUCUGUUCCCCCACCCCCACAAAGGUUUCUCUCUCUCCAGCAUUUCUUAAGGCUCUCUUAGUAACUGGGAAGCCAUAUUUCUCGUGCCGCUAUUGUUUUGGAUUAUUUCUGACCUUCAGUUUUAUGAGAGGGCUUUUUUUUUGUAGAAUGACCUAAGGACUUCCAGAUGAGAAACAAAAGUCCAUCCUUCUCUGACAUUUAAUCCUGUUCCCCAUUGUUUCAGACGUUUCUAUAACAGAAUGUAGACUUACUGCUGCAUAGAAGAAUCACUCCUCAAGGUCACAUGAGAAAAAGGUGACAGAGGAUGAAGGACCGUGAGGCAAACUUGUGGGAGAGGGAGCUUCGGAAAACGAAUUCCCCAAAAUUCGUAGCCAGUAACCUCUCAGUCCCCAGUUCUUCACGACACAUUUGAAGGAAUAGUCUUAUAACUGAGUUUCAUUAUCAGUUCAUGUCAAUUUUGGGGGCUGUAGCUUUCAUAUACUAUUUCUAAUUUUGGCCUCUUGAGAGCUCAAAACCACACUAGCCACAUACAGUGGUACCUCGGGUUAAGUACUUAAUUUGUUCCAGAGGUCUGUUCUUAACCUGAAACUGUUCUUAACCUGAAGCACCACUUUAGCUAAUGGGGACUCCGACUGCUGCUACGCUGCUGGAGCACGAUUUCUGUUCUCAACCUGAAGCAAAGUUCUUAACCUGAAGCACUAUUUCUGGGUUAGUGGAGUCUGUAACCUGAAGCGUAUGUAACCUGAAGCAUAUGAAACCCGAGGUACCACUGUAUUAGCUUUUGAGUUGUUCUUCUAAAUGUGUCAUACAGAAUAAAAAAGAUUAGAAAAUUUAACAGAAUGUCUGACUCUGGUUAUGUGUUUUCCCCCAAAAGAAACUUAUUUAUAUAUGCAGAGAUAAGGUAGCUUUCCGGGGGGGGGGGGGUCAUGACAGGGCACCAUAAAUGGACAAAACUAAACAGGUCCCAGUCCUCCAUAAAGUCUGAAAAACAUAAAAGCUUACAAUUCCCCCCCCCCCACCCGGCAGUCUUCACAAUGUGUGUGCACUUUAAUGCUUACUUUCACCUUUUAAAAAAUAAAAAUAAAAAAUUAAAACGUAAUUUUAUUAAUCUAGAUUUUCAAGAUAGCCUACAAAAGAGAACCGUAAAACAAAUAUGAAGCAGAUCUACUGCUUUUUUUGUAUUUUUACUGUUGCUAUGAUAAUUGCUUUUGUUUCUGAUGUUUAUGUGUCAUGCUUACUUUCCAAGACAAACUGUUGUUUGUCUUAGUUGGAAUACCAUGCCUUUUUAUCAUUUAACCCUUUGACUGUAGUUCUAAUUUUGAAUGGUUUCUUUCUUGCUCCCCGUUUUGUGUAGGUUACCUCUGAUUACAGUUGCACUAGUGCAAGGGAAAGCUCUGGGAGGAGGAGCAGAACUCACCACUGCAUGUGACUUCAGGUAGGGUUAAAUGCAUCCCUGAGCAGACUUGGGACUCUGUUCAGACAUUGUUUUCACAUUUGGAUUGUGCCCAGGGAAAGAGUGGCAGAUACAAUCUCAUCUACUUCAUUCUCCUAGCACUUUUCUUUCAUGCUGCCAUAGCUGCCAUAGUAUCGUGGGGUUUUUUAAACAAUCCUUUGUGCUGUUUGCUCUUGGCUUUAAAUAGAAUAGAUUGCCUUGAGUGUAUGUUGGUAGAACGGCAAUUUAACAAAUUUUUAUAAAUAAAAGGGAAUAUUUCAAAGGGAACGCCUACACCCAUUUGAGUGUUGUGUCCUAUGUUGUAAAAAUGUUGGAUUAGAAGGAAUCUUUUUAACUUCCACAAUAAGAAAACUGGUUACAUAAGAACAUGAGAAGAGAUCAGGCCCAAGUCCCACCUAGCCCAUCAUCCUGUUCCCUCAGGUGCUUUCCAAAUGCCUAUGGGAAGCUCAAAAAAGGAUAUGAGUACAACAGACCUCUGCCUGCUCAUUAUUCCCACCUAUACAGUAUACAGAGGGAUACUGCAGUGGAAUAUAACCAUUUUGACUAGAAGCCAUUGAUAGCCAUAUCCUCCUUGAAUUUGUCUAAUCCUCUUUUAAAACCAUCUGAAUGGGUGGCCAUCACUACUUCCUGUUGCUUAGUCAUAAAGUCAAGCAAUUCCACUACCCCCUUUCUUUAUAUUUGAACAGCUCAUUUUGGAGAAAAGCCUGAGAACGAAAUGCCCGUCUCUUUAAUGGCAUAGAUUCCCAAUUACAUAGUAACUUUCCUGUCGCAUUGCAAGCUGAAACGCCCCCCCCCCCAUGGAUUCUGUCUACCUGAAGUAAUUAGGAAAUCUCUCCCUGCUGUCACCUUUUUACUUCCUCCUUCCUAGCUUGUUGAGAAGUAUCAACCUUUCAUCCUCUUGGGCAUCCCUUGUCAAGUCCCCAAGUGCCUGUAGUGAUUGUCUGAGUGCACAUAGCCAUACCUGCAUAGAGAAUUGUAUCUACAGGGUUUAAAAAAACCCGGUCAUCUCCUCAACAUCAUGGGUAAUCCUUGCUCUGUUGUCUAGUGUGGGUUGUUUAGACAGUAAACUGUUUGCUUUUCUGCUUGCGCUAUCUUACCUGUUCUCUCUCUCCUCUCCUUAUACCUUCAUCUCUGACUUUAAUAAAAAACUUCUUCAUUUGAAACCUGGGGGUGAGGUGCUGACUGAAUACUUCUGACGACCCAAGGGUCUUCCCCCUGCAUGUCAGACUGCUCUUUCAGACUUCAUGCUUUGGUGGAAAGCAGGGGAGGGCCAAACAGGCUGACCUGAACAACCAGUUUGGUACAGUGGUUAAAGCAUUGGACUAGGCUUUGGGAGAUCAGGGUUCAAAUCCCCACUCGGCCAUUAAGCUCACUGGGCGACCUUGGGCCAGUCACUGUUUUUCAGCCUAACUUACCACAUCGUUUUGUUGCUAGGAUAAAAUGACAAGCGGGGAGAACUUCUCCCUUGGGGAGAGGGUGGGAUAGACACUUACUAAAUAAAUAACGAACUCACUCAUUGGUGACAGGAGAGUUAGCCAGUGGUUGUCCCCAGUGACAUUUUUCUAGAACACUUGUUCUCUUAGAAUGGCAAUGGCGCCCACCUCCUGAGAGGUGCCAGAACUGAGUUCCGGCAAGUUCUGGCUGAAAAAAGCCCUAGUUGUCCCCUCCCAGGUGGUGAAUUAACCUGUAACUCUUGGGAGUUCCUUUUUCUGGUAGCUGGGGUGGAAGUGGAAGUGUCACAGGCUGGCUUUGCUCUCCAGGUGGCUGGGCAUUCACCAUGCUCAUGUGCUGCUGGGGGAUGAGUAAUGUUACAGGCAUGCCAGAAGAAUGCCGGCCAUUUGGAGUUCAGGUCCAGUUAGCUUGGGCAAUGGUCAGGGGUACUGGGUGUUCAUAGAAUUGUAGAGUUGGAAGGUACCCUGAGGAUCAUGUAGUCCAACCCCCUGCAAUGCAGGAAUCUCAACUAAAGCACCCAUGACGCAUGGAUCACUUCCUCUACCCACCAUCCUCCUUUUGUGUUCGACUCCUGUGCUAAUGUCAGCUCCUUGUGUCUGAAUCUAUGUAAUUAGGCCUCAUACCACGAUCACGUUAUUUGGCACGGGGAAAAAUGAAGUUGAAGAGCUCUGUGCAGAAACAAAUUUUCAACUUCUUUUAAGGGGAAGCGGGGGGGAGAAGCAUCAAUUAAAAAUAGCUUUGCAUUUAGCCACACAGUUUAGAUAUUACUGUAUAAUUACAAGCAUGAAAUACUGUAUAAUUACAAGCUGGCCUGAGGUGGGAAACUUCAGUUUGAUAUCUCAUGUUUAAUGCUUCUGCUAACUGAAGAUAUGGCUUUAACUUCAAUCAGUUUCGAACUCCGCCCAGUGCUACUAGCAAUGAUAUAGAAAUGGGGGGGGGGGGUGGCAGAGAAUAGGUCAUUAACAUAGGUCUGAUUACUACAUUACAUGGCUGGCUUUUCUGCGGCUCUGUCUCACAGUGCUCUGGUAAGGGAAGAGGGAAGAAUAAAGAAAUCCGAGGAAGAUAGGGAGGAACUUGCUGGCACACACUCUAUGUGAACAAAGUCCUCAGGUCCCCCUUCUCUGUUGCAGUUCAAGGGAGAUGCAGAGCUGGGAAGCAGAAGUUUGUAAGCUGGAGGUCAGUUCCACUGAUCACCCUGUUCUGGGAGAAGGUGACCUUUGAAUUGGACUAGAAAAUAAAAUGCUGAGCAGGUUUCUAUCCUGAAUAACCCACACUUACCUUUUCUGGAUAAAUGGAGGAGGCACAGCCUAGACCUUUAUAGACACUUUAGGUCAGAAAGUCAGCAGUUUGAAUCUGUGUGACGGAGUGAGCUCCUGUUGCUUUGUCCCAGUUUCUGCCAACCUAGCAGUUCCAAAGCAUGCCAGUGCAAGUAGAUAAAUAGGUACCGCUGUGGUGGGAAGGUAAACGACAUUUCUGUGCGCUCUGGUUUCCGUCACGGUGUUCCAUUGCCCCAGAAGCAGUUUAGUCAUGCUGGCCGCAUGACCCGGAAAGUUGUCUGUGGACAAAUGCCGGCUCCCUCGGCCUGAAAGCGAGAUGAGCGCCGUAACCCCAUAGUCGCUUUUGACUGAAUUUAGCCAUCCAGGGGUCCUUUAGCUUUUCCUAUGAUAUUCUUGAAGCAGACUCUACAUCUGUAAAGUCCCCCCCCCCUCCAGUCAGUCUAGAAUACUGCCAGAGGUGUCUGGGAUUUGUAACUCUUGAUACUUCAACAGGCCUGAAAAUGUGGGAGAGCUUAUCUCUACACAUCUCCUAACUAGAAACUUAUGUUGAAUUUUAUAUUUGCAAAGCACAUUUGUACAUGGGCAGAAUACACACAGCUUUGUUGUGUGUGUAAGUGAUACCAAAGUAGAUUCUGAGAUAUGUGGCUCCAUCACAUGCCCUUCCUCUCCUCACUCCCCCUGCUUGCCCGUGAAUAAAGCUUUGGAGCUAUGGCAGAUCAAAUUCUUGCGUUUUCUAGGUUGCUUAUCCUUCUCUUCUAGGAAAACUGUAAAAAUCAUUAGUAUUCCAGACCAUGCCACUUGAAUCACAAGUCAUAUCGUUAGAGAGGAACACACAGGCGUUGUUAUGGUCUUUUUAUUUCUUCUUUUUAAAUCCAAAGCAGCGGUCCAGUAAGCAAGAUGGUUUUAAUGCGAAAUGAAGUUUCUUCUGUUCACAGUUCUCCUUUCUUACAAAUAUAUGGCCUAAAUUUCACACCGAGCAUUCACAUAUGAGCUCUUUUUGAGAAAUGUAAGCUGACAAAACACUGCUGCGAGCUUGGUGCAGUGUGUUCAUGUGAGCCAAUGAUGUGCUCACAGAAAUAAGGUGCAGGCUAAGAAACAGAGGGAUCGCUUUAUGCAUGAAGUGUGAGGGAUACUCAUUUUUAAUCUUCCAUUGGUCAGCUGAGUUCAUGAUAUCUGCAGUGACCUGCAAAAGUCAGACCGGCCUUUUUAAUCAUUUGCAUUUUAAACACGUUUUUAGACCUGCAAGCCGUGGAGGCUGUCCUGUUAAGAAAAAUGGGCAUGACUCCACCUAACUCAAUCUGCCUGCCCUCAGCCUGUCUCAGAUCUACCCGUAGAAGGUGGGGAUUCAGCCUGGGUCCCUUUGCAUUCAAAGCAUGGGCUCCACUCCUGAGCCACAGGCCUUCCCUUAUGUUUAAUUUGGUUGUGUGCUGGUCAAUUUCCAUCCUGCUUCAAACAAUGUGUCUGAUAGCUCAGUUGGUUAGGGCAUGGUGCUGAUAAGGCCAAGGUUGCAGCUUCAAUCCCUGUAUUAGACAGCUGCAUAUUCCGGCAUUGCAGGGGGUUGGACUAACCUGUGGGUCCCCAGAUGUUGGACUACAACUCCCAUCAUCCCUGAGCUCUGGCCUUGCUAGCUAGGGGUGAUGGGAGCUGUAGUUCAACAUCUGGGGACCCACAGGUUGAGAAGGGCUAGACUAGAUGAUUCUCAGAGUCCCUUCCAGCUCUACAAUUCUAUGUAUAUAGCCCAGAGUUGCCAUUUUCCCAGCAGCAUGGACCACAGUGUUUUGGAUUAUUGUCUAGUUGCUGGUGUGUUUUCCUGUUUGAUACCUAUUAAUAGCAAUAAUCCAGACAAAUCUGUCUAUAUUUGAAAGCAGAUUCAAGCAGAUACAUAUGAAACAGGGCAUUCUCCAGACAACCUUAAAAGUCCAUGUUCAGUGCGGAAGAUUAUUUGUCUGCAUGACUGAGUUCUGUGUAGCGCACGUGAUAAUAUUGGCUUAUGUCCACAUAAUGUUCUCCCUGUGUAGGCCUGCGAGGGAAGAAUGGAGAAUGGUGGCAGCAGUGGCUGCACAUUUAUAAGAGCUUCUUUCUCUCAAAAAUUAUGCCUUCCAUGUUCAGGUUGUUACAGCAUACAUUCCUUUAAUCUUUUUUUCCAGUUAAAAUCAGUGGGAGAAACUCAGAGUUCUGCCUACCCAGCAAAUAAAACCUAUGCAUGUAUUGUUGCUCCUCCAGAAGCUUUCAGACUGCAUAUUGUCUCUCUCUUCUGUAUGAUCCUGAUCUCAGCCUCGUUCUUCCUUCUUCGUAACCGCCGCUCCACAAACAUACUUGCCUGCUGCUCACUCUCUUCUUCCCCUCCAUUAUCCACCCCUCAUUCCUUCCUGCUUCCUGACCUAUGUGUGACUGUCUCUCUUUCUCCUCCCUGUGCCAAGGUUUUAUCACCACAACUAUAGUACGCAAUAAGGUAAGUUCAAAGAUGUUGUGGAAGAUGUGAGCUGCGAAGGCCAGUGGAUGCUGCCGAACAAUUUACUGUUGCAAGCCUGUUCAAGUCUCUGGCCCUAUUCCAACAAAGUACAGAAACAUCGUCAGGUUCAUAAGACGAGCCCUGAUGGAAGAGACCAGAGGCCUGCCUGGUCUACCAUCCUGUUCUCUCAGUGGCCAACCAGCUGCCUGCAGGAACCCCUCAAGCAAGACACGAGUGCAGCAUCAGCUCUUCCUAAUUGUUCUCCCCAGCGACUGGUAGUGAGAGGCACAUCGCCGCUGAUUUUGGAGCUAAUAUAUAGUCAUCAUGGGCAGGAGUCUUUGAUAGUCUUGUCCUCCAUUAAUCUGUAUAAGGUCCUUUUAAAGCUGUCCAAGUUGGUGGCUACCACUAUGUUGUGGGGUAGCGAAUCCUAUAGUUACCUGUGUGCUGGGUGAAGCACUUCCUUUUGUCUGCCUUGAAACCUGUAACAUUUGACUUCCUGAGGUGUCCCUGAGUAUUGCGUGAGAGAAAAAAGUCUACCUUCCUUCUGCACACCAUGCAUAAUUUUGCACAUAUCAUUUUCUCUCUCCCUUAUUUGCCCUAUCCCCCCCCCCCAAAAAAGGGGUCCUGGAUGUUGUGGCCUUUCCUCAUAUGGGAGUUACUUCAGGCCCUUUAUCAUUUUGCUUUCCCUUUUCCAAUUCAGCUAGUAACUGCACUAGUUUUCCUCUGCAAAGUGGCAUUAACCUCAGCAUUGUGCUUCUCUCUCUAUUUUUAAAGCACAAUAAAGAGCAUUCACAUGAGACGCAAAAAAAGGCAAGGUCCUGACCAUUAUAGCAAUUGCCAUCUCUCUCUCUCUUUUUUACUGAACUAUAGAACAAAAUCUCAUUUUUCUCUGUUGUUUUCCCCAUCACUUCUUGAUUCUCGUGCUGCCUGGAUUCUUCACUAAAAUGUGAAUGUUUUGAAUAAAUCUUUUUAUGUAACUGACAGACAGAAAAUCAGAAGCCCUUUUCUUUUAUUUCUCAUUCUUCUUUCUUUCUUUCUUUCUUUCUUUCUUUCUUUUUUAAAUCUUAUAUCAAGAAAGUUUUAAUUAUGCAAUGGAUUCUAAAAUGCCACCCCCUUGAUCUUGUCCAAAUUACAAGGAUAUAGUUGACCAGCUCUCUUUCUCUAUCAAAAAAGUACAUGGAAUAUUGGCUGUCUUCUCAGUUCUGUUAUCAAUAUCUGGGCCAUUUUCCAACUGGUUUGGCCGAAAAAAGCUUUGUCCUUUUGUGGAUUGUUUAUAUAAUAUCUAUCACUUAUUUUACUGGGCUGUACUUCCAUUAUGUGGGUUAUACUGCUAUGCGUUUUCCCCAAUACUAUCUGAAGAUUUUUUCUACUUAUCAGCUACCACUAACAGCUGCAGUAUCCCUCAAGAAGUUCCUUUUUCCACAAAUGAUUUUUAAAAAUACCCCCCUUGGCCACUGAAACGUCAUUUAGCUACUGAAAGCCUUUGAAAUUAUUUUGCUUUAUUAUAGUAUUUCCUCACUUCCUUUGGAAAUAUAUAUUCCCUCCCUUUUUCUGAGUGGUAGAGAUGUUCUCUAAUCCAGUAAUUAUUAAUUUGUUUGCUUUAGGUAGGUCUGAAGCUACCUGUUUCAUGGUGAGGUACUUGACUGCUAUUAUUAAUAUAAACUCCAGACGGUCCCUGUGGCUCCAAGAGAGAAGAUUGGGGAUAGUCAUUUUGGUGACAGGCAGCCAAGGAAAUGGUUAUAUCUUAGCCAAUUGGUUCCAAAACAGCCCUGCUCUCCUUCAUCACAUCCACAUGUUCAUACUAGGAGGAGAACAGACUAGGACUAGGGCUGGCAAUUUGUGUAUAUUUACUUGGGAGUAAGCCCCAUUUAGCAUAUUUGGCAUUCCUUUUUAAAAAAAUAAAAAUGGGACCAAUGGAAUCCUGAUGACCACAAACAUUUGCUUAGCUAUGAAAGCCCAGCAAAACAUGGGCUGCUUCAUGGCAAAACAAUCCCUCCCAGCCUUGCCAUCUGAUUUCAGCCCCAUGCCCAUAGGGUUUUAUGUGUGUUCAUUAAGAGGUUUAAAGACUGUCUAGGCAAAUCUAAAAAAAUGUAGUAUAAACACUGACAACUGGGAACCAGUGGUCUGCGAGUGCUCCAGUCGGAGAACAGCCUUUACCAAAGGUGUCAUGGACUUUGAAGACACUCGAACUCAAGGGAGAAAUGUGCUAAGAGGAAGGCACGUCUGGCAAAUCCACACUGUGAUCAACGCCCAGGAACCAAUGUCCACACUGUGGAAGGACGUGUGGGUCCAGAAUUGGCCUCCAGUCACUUACGGACCCAUUGUUAAAACUGUGUUUGUGGAAGACAAUCUUACUCGGCAUCGACGCCAGAGAAGAAGAUAUGUGUUCAUUGCAACUCCUCAGACUGAAGUCGUUGAAAAUGAGCAUAGGUUGUCCUUAAACAACCCCUGACCCAUGCUGAGGUGGUAGUAAGAAUCUGUCCUUGCAUAUUUCUGAUCUGAAAGGUAAUAUUCAACCUAAUAUAAAAAUGCUGGAUUCUCAUUUUGGAUUAAAGGUUGUUGUCUUCCCUUUCAAAGUGAUCCAUUUGUUUUGCCUUACUUUGGAUUCAGUCUCUGCAAAUUGCUUGCUUGAUGUAGCAUUAGCCUGCCUAACGUUAGAAAACACUUACAGUCUGCAUCUUGCCAUCCGAAAUUGUGCUUUGCAUAGGAAUGAGGCAGAGAGAACUGAGAUGGCUUGACUGCUAAGCUUCAGUAUAAAUUAACAACUGAAUACUUGUUUCUCACUGACAGGUUAAUGACCCCGGAGAGCGAAAUUAGAUUUGUCCACAAGCAGAUGGGCUUAGUACCAGGCUGGGGAGGAGCUGCCAGGCUCGUACAAAUCCUUGGCAGCAGCCCUGCCCUCAAGUUGCUGAGUGGUGCUGUAAAAGUGGAUCCAGAGACCGCCCUUCGUAUUGGCCUGGUAGAAGCCGUGUUGUCCUCAUCUGAUGAACUUGAGUCACUGGAAGAAACAUGUACAUGGCUCAGACCAUACACAAAGGGCCCUCCUGCAGUAAUUCAGGCUGUGAAGAAAGUGGUUUCUGCAGGACGAGAGCUGCAGUUAGAAGCUGCCUUGAUGACUGAAAAAGAGAUUUUUGGAACUGUUUGGGGUGGGCCUGCCAAUUUACAGGCUUUGGCUCAGAGAACAAAACAUAAAUAA